AGCGGGGAUGUGUGGCUUGUGCUCUUUGCUUCAGAUGAUGUUUUGACUUUGUUUGGGACACUAGUGUUUGGUUGGUUUUGAAUUUUGAUUGACACCACCGUGGUUUGUUGUGGGUUUAUUAGUCUCUAGACUUUUCUAGGUGUGUUUGGUCAGUGAAGUCUAGGAUUAUUUCAGCUAAUGGAUUUAUGCCAGUCCCUUAAAUACAACUUCUCUUCUUAAUUUUUUUUCAUUUCUAAAGGAUUUUGGAUUUGUUGAUUGUUUGAGGACAAGGUUUUCCUCUGGACUUUAGCCUCAUAUUGUCAUUUAUAAGAUUUGUGAGAAUUAUUGCCUUAGUCAUUGUGCCACCAUGCCGGUUCGAAUUAUGUGCACCAUCUCCUUUUCGUCCGAUGAUGAGCCCAGCGGAGGAUAUGGUAAAGACAUGUUUGAUGACCACUACCGACGUGUAAAGAAGAGUUACGAUGAUGGGGACUCACAAGACUACCUGCAUGGCUGUAGUCAGGUGGAUGAUUACAAUGAUGAGGAAGAUGAUAACAGUGAUGUGAAAGACCUGGCCACUUUCUUCAGUGGUUCUUCACUUCAUGGUACCAACCAUGUGUUUGUGGAGAACAAGAAAUUUGGUAUUCGCCAGGGCUUGUGGGCGGUGGUCUUCACAAUGGCUGUGUCCGCCUUUCUGCUCCAGGUGGCUGACAGAGUCAUAUACUAUCUCCAGUAUGAUCACAUUACUAUCCUGGAUGAAAAAGUGGCCAACAACCUUACUUUCCCAGCUGUCACCAUAUGUAACUACAACUUUAUACGAAAGUCUCAGAUGAGCUACAGCGAUUUGAUUUUCAUGAGCCCUCUGUUGGGCUUCGAAGAAGGCAUGGCACCGGGGUUCCCGCUCGCCCUGGAGCCAGACCGCCCACCAGGCUCUGGCUUCAGCAUGGACGAAUUCUUCAAUCGCACUCGACACCGCAUGGAGGACAUGCUACUGGAAUGUGAGUUCAGAGGCGAUGAGUGCGGCCCUGAAAACUUCACAGAGAUAUUCACGCGCUAUGGAAAAUGCUACACCUUUAAUUCAGGAAAAGAUGGACGACCCCUGAUGGUUACAAUGAAGGGUGGGAUGGGCAACGGCAACUUGCCUGUUUGGGGAGAAACUGAUGAGACAUCGUUUGAAGCAGGGAUCAAAGUUCAGAUCCACACCCAGCAGGAGCCGCCAUUUAUAGACCAGCUGGGUUUUGGAGUGGCGCCGGGGUUUCAGACCUUUGUCUCCUGUCAGGAACAGCGGCUGAUAUACCUGCCUCCACCAUGGGGGGACUGCAAGGCUAAGGCAAUGGACUCAGACUUCUUCAGCACUUACAGCAUCACGGCCUGCCGGAUCGACUGUGAGACACGAUACCUGGUAGAGAACUGCAACUGCAGGAUGGUCCACAUGCCUGGUGAUGCCCCCUACUGCACCCCGGAACAGUACAAGGACUGUGCAGAUCCUGCCUUGGACUUUCUUGUUGAGAAAGACAGUGACUAUUGUGUGUGCGACACACCAUGCAACUUGACACGCUACGGCAAAGAGCUGUCCUUUGUCAAGAUACCCAGCAAAGCAUCAGCCAAAUACCUUGCCAAGAAAUUCAACAAGACAGAGCAGUACAUAGCUGAGAACAUUCUGGUUCUGGAUAUCUACUUCGAAGCACUGAACUACGAAACAAUUGAACAAACGAAAGCCUAUGAAUUCGCAGGGCUUUUGGGCGAUAUCGGAGGCCAAAUGGGCCUUUUCAUUGGAGCCAGCCUCCUCACCAUCCUUGAACUCUUUGACUAUCUAUAUGAGGUGAUCAAGUACAAGCUGUGCCAAUGCUUCAGGAAGAAACACAAAGGCCGCACCAACAAAGACCGGGGAGCUGUGCUGAGCCUGGAUGAUGUGAAACGCCAUGCUCCUUCCGAGAACCUGCGUACACCAUCAACAUACCCUGGCAACAUGCUACCUCAUCACCCAGGCCAGGGUAACUUUGAAGACUUCACUUGCUGAGCAGACCCCGGGGAAGCCUCAAAGUGUGUGUUAUGCAACCAAAGCCAACCAUACAACAAGAACUAUCUGACACAGAAAGUGUGAGGAACUGAUACAUAGUCUAACGGAAGGACUUUUUUAAUAGAAAUGGAGGAAAACAGACAAAUCAGAUACGACAAAGAACUUCCACCUAAAGCUAAGUGGAGAGGAUAUCCCAAAUAUAAUGUUUAUCUGUUAGUUUUCUGCUGCUAUUUCAUGCAGCACUCUAAACUCUUCUAUCUGUGUGUUUUCCUCUGGAAUACUGCCGCAAAAGGACACUCAUGGAGAAACCUUGCCAACACGGACCUCUCUGUCAAAAGACAAAAAUGUGUAAAAAAUAAAUAAGGGAAAAUAUACAGAAAUCACACCAUAGACAGCAGCUCAGAAAAAGACCCCAUGCCUUUAUAUUACACAUCAACACGGUGGUUUCACACAACGUCGGCCUGCUAGUGGGACAGAUAUUCAUUCUGCUUACUCCACUGUACAAGUAGCAACAUCUGUAACUUUUGCAGCGCUCUAUAAAACAACAGCUGGAUUCCUACUGUGUAGUUUGUUUGAGAAUGUACUGUAUCUGUGUUCACAAUGAGUGUAGUAGUCAGGUGGGCAGGGACACUUUCUCGGGUCCUGGGCGACAGCGGUAGCGGUAGAGGUGCAUCAGCUUCCAUUUAACGAUUUCAGGUCUCAUCCUGUAAUUGCAUGCUUGUAUUUGUCCGGUGCAUGUUUUUCAUUUCACUUCUAAUUUUGAUAUAUCUAUAAUUACCAAGUUUGCCUCAGUGAUAUAAAGGAAAAGAGAGAUUAUAACCCCAUAUAUUUCUGGUAUGUGUGUAGCUAUGCUGUGUGUGGGUGUCACCUCACAUAGGCUCACUGGUGCCAACAUCAGCACCCAAGCUGGUAUGGUGUGUGUUUGUGUAAAUGGAUGAGCUGCAACUUGUUUCAUUCCUCAUGUGUUUGUUUGUUUGUUUGUUUGUUUUUUCAUUUUCCUCUGUGCCCAAUGAGUCGAAGAGUCCUCAUUCAACUUGAUUUACUCUUAUCUUAACCCGGGGGGUGAGG